GUUAUAAGAAAUUAUUAUAAUUUGAAAAUCGUCAAAAAGAGCCGUUCCAAAGGAAUCCGUAAUGCCCUGCUCUUAUUCAUCACAGAAAUUGAACAAGGCAGAGUGUACAGGCCAUUAUUUGAUUCAACGAAAAACCUGCUAAUUGCAGUGGCAGUUAACACGGAUUGAAACCGAGAUUUUGGUUUCUGGGGCUUCACAAUAUAUCGGCUUUUACGGACAAGAAGAAGAAUAUGUUUACUGAAGGCCUAGAUGAGACUGCUCUCAAUUGGGUCCGAGAGGGUGUGGAUGUCCAACCCACUUUAUAUUCCUCUGAAAAUAUCAGCCCCAACCUUGCAUCUGAUCCACUGAUAUAUAAUGCUGCAUCUAUUGGUAAGGCCGGGAACUGGGGACUUCCUUCCACAAAAUUGCCACCCAUUCACUACCGUUCAGGGUUUCUUGGCCCACCUCUUAUUUCCACACAUUUGGAGGGCAGUGUUGUGUUGGACGUGGAUGACGAUGAGAGUGUCGGCUCUGCCCCGGAGCAUGGCCUUUAUUAUUCAUCUGGCGAGGAUGGGGAUUCUGUCGAGUCUGAUCUGCAAGAAGAUCCUCUUUUGCAUCAUGGUUAUAUAGGGGGUGCUGGGCAUGGGGUUUAUAUGACUGGGGAUCCUAAACCAUCGCAAGAAACCACAUAUGAGUAUAACUGCCGGUAUAGGUAUGAUCGACUGCAGAAAUCGAGUCCAGACCCUGUUUCUGUGUUGGAAUCUAGGAGUGGUCAUGGUGGAGCAAAGAGGAAUGUAGACCCUACUCAACAUGGAGAAUCUUUAGCUGCAUCUUCGGAGGAUAUUGGAAGUCCUGAGGAAUUGCCCAGGGAGAAUGAGGAAAAUUCCACUUUCUAUCGGGAAGAGAAGUGCGCUCAACCGACUACUGGCUUUGUAGAAAAGAGACAAGAAGAUAAAGAGGAAUUUCACAUUCCUGAACCCCAACCCAGGAGCUUGUCAGAAACAGGAACACCAAGUGCACCACCAAUGUUUGCACCUGAAAAUGAAAUAACAGAAGAAAGUGCUCUUAAGACAGAGUCAAAUAAUAGCUGGAGACAGAGUUCAAGAAAGUCAAGCCCACUGCAUGACAUACAUACAGAUCAAAAGCAUUUCAGUGUACCGGAACCAAACGAUAAAUGUACAGGGUCUUCUUGUGAGGAAGGGGAAGUGCAGACUUCAUGUAGACAAACUAAUUCCUUUUUAAGUCCCCCAACUUUUUAUGUUAGUGGCCAUGGUGCUUGGCAGGCUUUUCUUGCGUAUGAAGCAUGUAUCAGACUGUGUUUGCGUGCAUGGGCCACAGGCUGCAUGGAGGCUCCAGAGUUCCUGAAUGACGAGUGUGCUGUUUUGCGUAAUGCUUUUGGAUUGCAAAAAGUCUUGUUGCAACCAGAAGAAGAAUUAUUGAUGACUGGACCCAUUUCUAGUUCUAUGGAGGAGACUACUGCACCUAGGCACAAAAAAACUGUGGAGAAAAUUAAGGUGGAAGUGCAUAGAGUGAAGAUUAAGAGGGUGGUGCCUUCCAAAUGCAAUUUUCCAUGUGCCGGACCAAUCCUUGAACAUUUUAAAUCGCUGCGUAAACAUUUUUCUAACAUGCGAUCAUCUCUUUCGGCUGGAUGGGCAGCAAUGAAAACAGUUCAUGUUGUAUCAAAUGCACCUCAUCAUUCGACCUACUCACAACGUGGUGCUGCGUAUAUGCAAGCUGGAGCACAGUAUGUACGACAAUUAUCUGGAAUAAUAAAAGCAGGUGUGAAUACACUUUGCAACAGCAAACCUUCAGAAACAACACAAGAAACCUUUUCAUGCUUGCUUCAGCUAAAGAGCUUAAUUGAAGAAGAAGCUUCAUUGAUGCAGCCCGGGUCAUCUGUGUGGAUGCAACCGGGAUCUGGUGAUAAUCAUAUGUUUUUUCCUGAGAGCCAAGGAGAUGUUCUUAUAGUGGAGGUUCAAGAUUGCAAGGGAAAUGCUUAUGGUCGAAGUUGGAUAAAGAUCUCUUCUAUAACCGAUGAUCCAAAUGAUAAAAUUCGCUGGUGGCCUAUUUACAACGAAAAACAUGAAUGCGUGGGAAAGGUGCAACUCUCCAUAACUAAUAUAAAUACCUCUGGUGAAAUGAGGUCAACAAAGUGUGGUCCUGUUGGAGAAACCCUAGCAUAUGACUUGGUACUUGAAGCUGCAAUGCGGAUGCAAUGUUUUCAAUCGAGAAACCUACGUUUGCAUGGACCAUGGAAAUGGUUGCUAGCAGAGUUUGCUUCGUAUUAUGGAGUAUCAGACUCAUACACUAAAUUGAGGUAUCUUUCAUGCAUUAUGGACGUGGCCACCCCAACAAAGGAUUGCUUUGAUCUUUUAUAUGAAUUGCUUGUCCCAAUAAUAAAAGCUCGAGACGAGAACACUUUAAAUCGACAAGAGAAACGAAUGUUGGUUGACAGUGAAGAUCAAUUGGAGCAUCUUCUUGCAAUGGCUUUUGAGAAUUACAAGUCACUAGAAGAAUCAUCACCAUCAGGUUUAGCUGACAUGUUUGGGCCGGCUACUGGUAUUGCUGCACCUGCAUUAGCACCCGCUGUGCAAGUAUACACUCUUCUUCAUGACAUACUUUCCCCUGAUGCACAAGCAACUUUGAGAAACUAUAUACAGAUGGCUGCAAGAAAAAGAUGCAAGCGGCACAUGGCAGAAACUGAUGAAUUUUUAACGAGCAACAAUGAUGGAUUUUUGAUGGAUUCCUUAACUACAUCUACAGCUUACCUGAAAAUGAAGGCACUCUGCAUGCACAUUAGAGAUGAAGUGCACACUGAUAUUGCAAUCCACAAUAAACACAUUCUACCAAGUUGUAUUGAUCUCCCAAACAUAACUGCUGGUGUAUACAAUUUGGAGCUGUGCAAUAGACUACGGGCAUUUCUUGUUGCUUGCCCUCCGUCUAGCCCUUCAACACCUGUGAUAGAGCUGCUAAUUGCAACCGCCGAUUUCCAAAGGGAUCUGGCAUCCUGGAAUAUUUGUCCUAUAAAGGGAGGCGUGGAUUCAAAAGAAUUGUUUCAUUUGUAUAUUGUUCUUUGGAUUCAGGACAAGCGGCUUUAUCUGCUUGAUUUCUGCAAGCUUGAAAAAGUUCGUUUGAUAGAAACUCAAACAAUGACACAGCACUCAACAUCACCAUUUGUUGAGGAAAUGUAUGAGCGCAUCAAAGAUACUUUGAAUGAAUAUGAAGCAAUUAUAAACCGCUGGCCUGAAUACUCCAUUGAUUUGGAAAAUGCCAUAACAACUGUAGAGAGAGCAGUAAUGAGAGCAUUGGAGAAACAGUAUAGUGAGGUCCUGACUCCAUUAAAAGCUGGCAUAAUACCAAAAAAAUUUGGUCUACAGUACAUGCAAAAGUUAGCAAGACGUAAUUCAGUAUGCCUCUACAGUGUUCCCAGUCAUUUGGGUUUAUUCUUAAACACCAUUAAGAGAAUCCUUGAUGCACUGCAUCCUAAAGUCGAGAUUCAACUCAGGUCCUGGGCAUCAUGUGUGCUUACACCUGUUGCUGGAGAUAAGAAACUGGUGUUUGGAGAGCAACUGAAUGGCAUCACUGUAAUGUUGAGAACUAAAUACAAAACAUUCUUGCAAGCAAUUGUGGAGAGACUUGCAGAUAAUACGCAUGUGCAACGCACAACAAAACUGAAGAGAAUUCUUCAGGACACAAAGGAGGCAGGUGGAGAAAAUGAGAUUCGAGAAAGAAUGCAGCUUCUCAAUUCUCAGCUCAUUGAAACUAUUUGCCAGCUCCAUUAUAUGUUUGACAGCCGGAUUUUUGUAGCUAUUUGUCGGGGCUUUUGGGACCGCAUGGGACAGGAUGUGCUCUAUUUCUUGGAAAACAGGAAAGAAAAUAGAUCUUGGUAUAAAGGUUCUUGCUUUGCCUUGGGGAUUCUAGAUGAUACCUUUGCAUCUCAGAUGCAGAGAUUGCAAGGAAAUGCUUUGCAAGAGAAGGAUCUGGAUCCACCGCGCUCUAUAAUGGAGGCACGCUCUAUGCUAUGUAGGGAGACACCCCAUGGUGCAGAUUCAUCAAAUUAUUAUUACCUCUAGGAAUUCAUCAAAUUGAGAUGACUCAUAGAUAUCUAACAUGUUCUAUUUCUGCCUAUGUGCCUGCAUCAAUUCAUUUGUCUCAAGAAAAUAAAAAGGGAUUCUUUCAGCUGUUUAGGAGAAUCAUCAAAGAAAGCUCAGAAGCUUGUUAUGUAUAUAAUUCUUUCAUUCUUGGAAGGUCUGGCCCAUGAACAACAGCAGAAGAUAUCUUUAUUGUUUCAAGAUCAGUCAUUCGUUUGUAUUUUGUUCUGCACUACCUAUUCCUUGAAUUAAGGAGCAGGUAGCAUGGUUUCUCAAUCAUAUAUUCUAUUUGUCUAUUCAAGUAUUUUCAAGGAAAUAAGAGGGAAGAUUUUUAGGUGUUGAAAAGCUGUAUCAGUCACUAUAAAAAGCAGAGAACCCAGAAGCUUGUGUUCUGAUGCCAAAUCUCCAUUAAUUGGCCAGAGAUUGGCCUUUUUCAUAUUUGUUACAUAGCUCAAUAAUUAUUUGAACUAGUAACUUCUUUA